AUGCCGCCUGAAGCGCGGAGGCUUAUUGUCAAUAAGAACGCGGGGGAAACACUGCUGCAGAGAGCGGCACGCCUGGGGUACGAGGAAGUGGUUCUGUAUUGUUUGGAAAACAAGGUGUGUGAUGUGAAUCAUCGUGACAACGCAGGUUACUGUGCCCUGCACGAGGCCUGUGCCAGAGGCUGGCUGAGCAUCGUGCGGCAUCUCCUGGAGUACGGGGCUGACGUCAACUGCAGCGCUCAGGAUGGAACCAGACCGAUCCAUGAUGCAGUCGAAAACGAUCACUUGGAAAUUGUCCGCCUGUUACUGUCUUACGGUGCUGACCCAACGCUUGCGACCUACUCGGGGAGGACCAUCGUGAAAAUGACCCACAGUGAGCUCAUGGAGACCUUCCUCACAGAGUAUUUAACUGACCUGCAAGGUCGAAGUGUUGAUGACCCUGGUUUGUACUGGGAUUUCUAUGGCAGCUCUGUGUGCGAUCCAAAAGAUGAAUCUGGAUUUGACAUCUUGGCAAAUCCUCCCGGCCCAGGUGAUGAAGAUGAAGAUUGCUAUAGCGAUGUGUUUGAAUUUGAAUUUUCGGAUGAGCCUCCCUUGCCAUGUUACAACAUUCAAGUGUGUCUCUCUCAGGGACCACGGAACUGGCUUUUGCUCUCGGACGUUGUGAAGAGGCUAAAAAUGUCAUCUCGCAUCUUCCGCUGCAACUUCCCCAAUCUGGAAGUUGUCACCAUCACAGAGGCAGAGUUUUACAAACAGACUUCCCUCAGCCAGUUGUUCUCUUGCGCUACGGACCUUGAAGCUUUUAACCCGGAGAGCAAAGAGCUGUUGGACUUGGUAGAGUUUACAAGCGAACUCAAGACUUUGCUCGGCUCCUCGCUUCACUGGUUGCAUCCGCACGAGGACCCUCCCUUCGACAUCCUCUGGUGAACCAUCAGGCCAUUUAAUGUACAGUGCUCUAUACAGUUACUUCUUUAUGUAUAUGUGUUCAAAUGCAAUUGUUUCUGUAAAGAAAGGACACUAUUAAAUAUGAAAAUAUCUUUCCUUUAUAUAAGAGAUCUGAAUUCCAGUUGGAUGGAUUUUGGAAGAAUUUUUUUUUAACUUCAAUCAGUUUUUACAAAAUUGUUAUAUAAUGUUUCUUUAAAUGCACACAGGCUUUGGGAUAAGUUUGUUAUUACUCGGAACACAUUUUUUUUUUUUAAAAGAACACACCCACACAUUGACUUUGUUUCAUACAAAGCACUGAUUACACAGAACAUACUCUUUUUAGGUGAUGUGAUCAAAGUCGUGUGGCUUGUUUGGGAGAUAGAAUUCGGUAAGGCACUUGGUGAUAUUAUUUUUGGUUUUUUGUUUACAGAAUUACCUGCUUUGGCCAGGUAAGCGCUAUUGAAUAUAAUUCAAUAGUUUGUAAUAUAAAUUAAACCAUAUCCAUACGCAUCAACUAAUUGUAAGAACUUUUAUAUCCUAAUUUAAAAGCUGUGAAAUUUAGUUUUCACACAUCAAACCGGAUUGUUUAUAUAUGUUUAAACAUUUUAUGCUCUUUAUUUAAAGAAGACUUUGAACUAUUUUUUCUGUACCUUGUAAAAUAUUGAAAAACUAACAUAUGUUGAAGUUGCUUGAAACUGUACAUAAACUAAAUUUUCUGAAUUGUGUGUUUAUGUUUGAGAUCUGUGUUUUAACUUUGUAAGUAAAUCUCCUGCCUUUGUAUUUAUAUUUUACAAAAAUUUUCUUAAAGGCAAUAAAACUGUUGAGAAAUGAAG